AUGCAAUUCAUUAGUAACAAAGUACAAGAUUCAAUGGGGACUUUACCCACCGCAACAGACCCAGCAUACAAACAUCGUCCAGAUGGAUCAACCAUGAAAGCUCUAGCAUGGUUCGGUAAUCGUGAUGUCAGAAUUAUAGAUGCCCCUAUACCUGAUAUCUCCGAGAAUAAAGAUGUUAUUGUACGUACGACCGGAACCACUAUCUGCGGUAGUGAUCUUCAUCUGUAUCAUUCGGAAAUGAUGGGUUUGCAGAAGGGAGAUAUUUUGGGACAUGAGUUUAUGGCAAUCAUAGACCGUGUAGGACCCGAAGUCACAACUCUCAAACCCGGUGAUAAAGUUGUAGUCUCUUUUCAAAUAGCAUGUGGGACUUGUAGAUAUUGUCAGAAAAAGUAUAGUUCAAUGUGUGAUUGGACGAAUAAUUCUUCUUUACAGAAAGGAAUGUAUGGACAGCGUGAUGCUGGUUUUUUGGGGUAUGGGCAUUUGACCGGUGGUUUUCCCGGAGGUCAAGCCGAAUACGUUCGAGUACCUUUUGGUGAAGUCAACUGUUUGAAGGUACCUCCUGGAGUAUGUGAUGAGGAUGUUUUGUACCUCUCGGAUAUUCUCCCCACAUCAUACCACGCAGUCAUGGACACCCGCGUUGAACCUGGUGAUGUCGUCGGUGUAUGGGGUCUUGGACCUAUCGGACAAUGUGUAGUGCGUUGGGCUUUAUUAAAAGGCGCUUCAAAGGUAUAUGCCAUCGACACUAUCCCUUCGAGGUUGGUUCUGGCCAAACAGGCAAAAGGGGAGGUGGUGACGAUUGAUUUUAAUGCGGAGGAUGUUAGUAAGAGGAUUCAAGCUGAAGUGCCAGGAGGUUUGGAUGUCUGCAUCGAUGCUUCCACAUACCACGAACCGAAAACGCUUUUACACAAAGUUGAAAAAACACUCAUGUUGGAAACGGACGUAUCUGAAACUCCGAACGAAAUGAUCUACCUGGUCAAGAAAUUCGGAAGAGUAGGUCUUAUUGGAGUUUAUUCCGGUUACACCAACCAUUUCAAUAUCGGUGCAUUGAUGGAAAAAGGUGUUAGGUUUAUAGGUAAUGGACAAGCACCUGUUCAUUUGUAUUGGGAAGAGAUAUUAAAUGAUUAUAUCUUGACGGGAAAAUUCGACAUGAAACCUUUGGUCACUCAUCGUGUUAAUUUGGAGGAUAUGAAAGAAUUGUAUGAUAAGUUUGAUAAGAGAUAUGCUGGGGUGAAUAAGGUGUUUGUUCAGACUAAAGUCAGUGAAGCACCUGGUGGGGGGUACCCUCCAUUGACCAAAGUGUCCGAUUGGGCGGACAAGGUGAUGUGA